ACAGGAAGUUGCGUAAAUAGCAAUUUCCGGUGCACAUGGUUUUGUUAUUGACGUUUUGCAAUAAUUUGACGAUACCUUGUUUUUGACGACAGUAUGUAGAAUAAAACGAGAAUUUACCCCGAAAAUGGAUUAUAUAGAAGAAGGUCAAUUUGAAGAUGCAGAUGAAGAGUUAGGAACCGGGCCCUGUGAUAAUUCUCAUCAGCAGACAAAGAAGCUUGAUGCAAGUCUAGAAAGGAAAGUUAACGAGCUUGAUCUACAUGAUGACAAUACACAAAGUAAUACAGCGGAUGAUGGAUAUUGGGAGGAAGAGGAGGAGGAGGAGGAUGAUGACGAUAACUAUGAUUGGGAUGGGAUGACAGGAGACUUUACCAAAAAAUACAAUGCUGUCACCUCUCACAGCCAACAGCCCAAUUCAAAUCGACAGCCAAACCAGAAUCCCACAAAAGGUCCCAAGCAUUUCCAACCAACAGAUAAAACUAUGAGAAAAUUUGUAGACAAAAUCAAUGUCGAACAAUACUCCGGCCCUAAGCUGACAAAUACAGCGAUGUCGGGACUGAUGAAUGCUGGGAAGAAAAUGAACAAUGACAGGUAUCAGCGUAAGGACAAGGCUGACAGAGCCACAGCUGAACAGGUGAUGGACCCUCGCACACGUAUGAUACUGUUUAAGAUGUUGAGUAAGGGCAUCAUCACCGAGAUCAAUGGCUGUAUAAGUACAGGGAAGGAGGCCAACGUGUACCAUGCUACAGCUAAAGAUGGAUCCGACCGUGCAGUCAAGGUGUACAAGACCUCCAUUCUGGUGUUCAAGGAUCGAGACAAAUAUGUAACGGGAGAAUUCAGAUUCAGACAUGGCUACUGUAAGCACAACCCCAGGAAAAUGGUGAAGACUUGGGCUGAGAAGGAAAUGAGGAACCUUAUCAGGAUUCAUCAGUCCGGUAUUCUGUGUCCAGAGCCAGUGUUCCUCCGUAGUCACGUCCUUGUCAUGGACUUUAUAGGUACUGAUGGCUGGCCUGCACCACUGUUGAAGGACUGCGACAUCUCAGAUUCAAAGGCUCGAGAACUCUAUCUUCAGUGUAUCCAUAUGGUGCGGACACUGUAUCACACGUGUAAACUCAUACACGCCGACCUCAGCGAGUUUAAUAUGUUAUACCACGAAGGCAAUGUGUAUGUAAUCGAUGUAUCACAAUCAGUGGAGCAUGACCAUCCCCAUGCUCUCGAGUUCCUCAGGAAAGACUGCACAAAUAUCACAGAUUUCUUCAGGAAGAAGGGUGUGUGUACAUUGACGAUGAAAGAGCUUUUUGAUUUUGUCACGGAUGUGACCAUUACCGACGACAACAUUGAUGCUUACCUAGAUCAUGUGAUGGAGAUGUCAGCCAAUCGCACGCAGGACGAUAUCACAGAACAGCAGAAAAUUGAUGAUGAGGUUUUCAAAAAUGCCUUCAUACCAAGAACUUUAGACGAAGUCAUCGACUUUGAAAGAGAUUUUACAAAAGCUAAGACGGGAAAAACAGAUCAUAUUUUGUACCAAACAGUCACAGGUCUAAAAGCUGACUUGACUGGGGCCCAGGAGAAACCUGUACUAUUAGCGGGAAAAACAGAGACAACAGAACAGAAUGAUUUAAAAGAAAAGGAAAAUAGUGUGGUUGAUUCAGAUGAAGAAGACAGCAGCAAUUGUAGUGACAGUGAUGGUGACAGUGACAGUUGUGAAAAGGUGAACAAGGCAACAUUAUCUCACCGACCGAGGGAUGAAUCGCCCAAUAGUAAAAAGGAAAGAAAACAAAAAAUAAAAGAGGAGCAGAGGGAAAAGAGGAAAACAAAAAUUCCAAAGCAUAUUAAAAAGAAAAAAGAAAAAAUGGGUAAAAGUGGAAAGAAGAGCUAAAAAUACCAAGUGAUUUUCACAGACAUGAAAUAAUUUAUAAUUUUCACGGGGAUGGUAGAGUACAUUCAUGGACAUGGAAUACUGUAUCAAGUUAUUUUCACUUUUCACAUACAUUAGAUAGUUAAUGGUCAGUUGUGUCAUGAAUUAAAAGUAGGUCACUCUUACCUACAUUAAAGAAAAAGUUCGCUAGCUCUUUUUAUCUCCUGCAGUACUUGACACAGGAACUUCAUUCUUUGGAAAUGUGUUCACCUUGGUAAGGAGGUAUGUGUCAUGUAUCAAAAGUAGGUCACUCUGACCUACAUCUAAGGAAAGGUUUGUCCAAGUUCCAUCUCCUAUACUACUUGUCAUGGGAACUUCAUACUUGAGGUAUGGGUUCACAUUGGCGAGGCAAUGUGUCAAGUAUCAAAAGUAGGUCACUCUGACCUAUAUUUUUAUCUGUGACCCACAAAUUCAUCAUCUGUGAUUCUUGGCAUAAGAGAGGUUAAACAACCUUAUGUGUGCAUGUAGGCUAUACAUACAUGUUUUCAGUUUUGAAAUCUUUUUAUUCAUCCUUUUGCAUAUUAUGAGUACAUAAAAUACAUACACAUAUGUUGACAAUAUCUGGAAAGUUGUUAAAUGAUAUUACGACAUAUAUGUGUCAAUGUAUGAAGAAGGUAUGUUUUAAUUAAGUGUCUAUUUUGAACACUCAAUACCUGUAUAUUUUUUAACUAAAGCAAGAAAUAGCAAAUUUUUCUAGAAAAUAUUGAUGCCCAAAAACAUAAUCUACAGAAAAUGUCAUUGCAAUAUCUGUCAUUCUUACUUUUACUCACCAUGUCUACAAGUUGUUACUACAUGACAUUGUAGUAGAUGCAAAACAACAUAAAUUGAUGAUGUCAUACAUACAUACAUAAUUCUGGGGAAUCCCCUUCUAUAUGUACACGUACAAUUGCUUAACCUCUCUGUAAUUUCACAAUGAUUAAUUCACUGAUUUGUCUUGGUUUUCAUGGAUUGAUUUUCAUCGCCAUGAAAUAUUGAGAGAUUUCACUUAUUUUACAGUGAAUAACUUUAACUUAUCAGUUACAGUAUUUGGAAAUCUGUUUACAGGUAUGUGUUUACAGUUACAGUGUAUGUGUUAACAGGUAUGUGUUUACAGGUAAUUGAGAUAUCUACAACUGUUAUCAUCGUUUAUCAGUUGACUGUACAGAGAUAAUGUUAUGGUCUGGAAUCUUCAUUAAAAAUAUUUCAGUAAACAUCA